GAGUCUGAUGCUGUCAAUCCAGAGACUGAUACAGAUGAUAAAGGAAAUAAACUGAAGAUGCUUUUGGAGGAUCUGGGAUUGGAUCAGUUCUACAAGGAGAAGCUGUCACUCAGCAAGAUACUGGAGAUCAAUGAGAAGACCAUCAAUGAUGAGCCUCCAAAGCGUAAAUCAGAUGUUCCAUGGUAUUUUCUUAAUAAACUAAUGAUGGCGAAAGCAACAGCUAUAACAGUUGAUUCUGAUGAUUGGUUUGCCAGUUCAAAUGAGGACGACUCUCUAAAUCCUCUUGAUUUAAUCACUGCUCUCUUUCUGUGUUCUGAUGGGUUUGUUCAUCAAGAAUUAGCUCUAAAAAUGUCCAUGUGCCAGUUCUCUGUUCCUCUGCUGCUUCCUAACUGUGAUACACAGCAGUGCACCCUCAUGCUGUGGGCCAUGAGAGACAUUGUUAAGAAGUACAGACCUUCAAAUCUUGCAGAAUCAAAAGGCUUCAUAGAAGACAGAAUAGUUCUUUCUGAACUUCCAAUGAUCUCAUUUGUGAGACUGGGUGAGUGCUCUCUGUCCAAAUCAGAGAUCCUCAAUAAACUUCUGAGUAACUCUCAGCAAUACCAUGACACCUUUGUUCACCGUGACAUGGAGUGUGGAGACAUUCAGAGAAGAAUAUCCAAUGGACUGACUGAAAUGACCUGGUACCUUCCCUGUGGAAACAAAAACAUGGACAUCUUCAGUGAGCCAGUUGCUAUAGCUAACCUUCGUGGAGACGUUGCUUCAUUUGAAACUCAAUUCUCCUUUUUAUGUCAGACAUCUGCUGCAGUUUUCGUUUUCAUCGAUCAGCUGGACUCUGAGUGUGAACUGCUGAUGAACAAAAACCACAAAGCUCAGAUCUUCUUGGUGGGAAACCAACAGAGCAAAAACUUCAGAGUUGAUUCUGUAGAAAAAUUAGUGACAAGUCUGGCCUUGACUGAAAACAAUAUCAUUACAAAAAACAAACUAAUAAAUGAAGCAACCUUUGUCAAAAAAUUGAAAAAAAUGAUCAGUGAUGUAGUUAAAAACCCACAGAUGAAAAUGUCUGUAGAUCAAAUGGCUGAUGUUGCACAUAAACUGGGAAUCAUAGUUGAUGAAGAUUCUUCAGAGUGCCAAGAUGGAAAGAUGAAAGCUGAUAAAAUCACUGCAGAGAUUAAAGACAUAAUGAAAUACAAAGAAGAUCAACUUCCUUUACAAGAUAAAAUAUGGAAGGAACUGACUUGCUUGGAAAAGGAAGAAUUUCGUCUUCGAAAAGUUGGUUCAGAAAACAUUGAAAAUUACAAAUGCAAACUUCAAAUAGAGAGAAAAGAACUGAGGAAAAAGCAAAAUGAUUCUGCAUUGUCCAAAGCAAUGACAUGCUUUAUUAGUGCAAUAUCCAGCCCACAUAGAGAAAGGUGUUAUUUUCUGAAAUGGAUGAGAAUGAACCUCGACAACUUGUCUCGAACAGAACUUUCUGGCCUCAGGGAGCUUUACAAGGAAAAAUGCAGAGAUUCUGAAAACAAACAGAAGAUCAAAAAAAUUGACCAACAACUUUCCAGCAGCUCACUGGGAGUUGAGCACUUCUUCCGUGAAAUGGGUCAGAUCUACGAAGCUUCUCUUUACCUUCCAGAAACAGAUCCAUCACGUCAACAGCUGCAACAUCUGCCCAAACUCUGUGCUCAGUUGUUGCUGGAUGGAUUUCCUCUUGAGCUUGUAGAUGGAGAUGCUUCCAACAUUCCUCUCAGAUGGGUGAGUGAUGUUCUCGCUCAGCUCAAUGACUUGGUGUCUCCAAAGAACAAGAUCCUGGUCAUCACAGUUCUUGGAGUUCAGAGCACAGGGAAGUCCACUCUCCUUAACACCAUGUUUGGAGUUCAGUUUGCAGUCAGCAGUGGUCGAUGCACUAGAGGUGCCUUCAUGCUGCUCAUCAAAGUCAAUGAAGACUUCAAGAAAGUUCUCAACUGUGACUUCAUGAUGAUCAUCGACACUGAAGGCUUAAAGUCACCAGAGCUAGCACAGCUGGACAACAGCCAUGAGCAUGACAAUGAGCUGGCAACACUUGUUGUUGGUCUGAGUGACAUCACCAUUAUCAAUAUUGCAAUGGAGAAUUCAACAGAGAUGAAAGACAUCCUGCAGAUAGUGGUGCAUGCUUUCCUCAGGAUGAAGGAGGUCGGCAAAAAGCCUCAAUGUCAGUUUGUUCACCAGAACGUUUCUGAUGUUUCAGCUCAUGAGAAGAACCUGAGAGACAGGAAGCUGCUGUUAGAACAGCUGAAUGAGAUGACCCAGGCUGCAGCUAAAAUGGAGAAGAAAGAGAAGAACAAGAGCUUCACUGAUGUGAUGGAGUAUAAUCCAGACACUGGGAACUGCUACAUUCCUGGACUCUGGAAUGGAAACCCACCAAUGGCUCCAGUCAAUGCAGGAUACAGUGAGGCUGUCUUUGAACUCAAGAAAAACAUCAUCCAACAGCUGGGAAAGUAUGAGUCAACUUCUAAUAACAUCUUGGAGUUCACAGAGUGGAUAACCAGCCUGUGGAACGCAGUAAAACAUGAAAACUUCAUCUUCAGCUUCAGAAACAGCCUGGUGGCUGAUGCUUACAUGAGGCUCUGCACAGAGUACAACCAAUGGGAGUGGGAGUUCAAAAAGGAAAUGUACAAAUGGGUUACCACAGCAGAAACAAGAAUUUCCAGUUUUGGUACAUUUACUGCAACAUCUGAAAUAUCUGACAUGAAUGAAUUCAUCAUUGUGUUGAAAAGUGAAGCAACCACAGAGCUGACCAAGUGGGAAACAAAGAUCCUUGAAAACCUGAAGAAAUACUUUGAACAGCCAGAAGGUCAUGUUUAUCUGGUUGAAGGAUACAGAGAGGAUUUCUCCAACAGCAUAAAGAGUCUUCGACGACAAACUGAAAGAUCAGUGUUGAACCAGAUCACAACAACAGCUGACAUUAAAGAGGGAUUGAAAGAACUCGACAAAAUCAGGGCCACUGAUACAGAAAAAAUUGAGAAAGCAGUUUGUGAUUUAAUUGAUGAAUGUCAUAAGAAAAAAGCUAACAUGACAGACCAAGAGCUUGAUGAAAGUUUUGAUAAGAUGUGGACUGAAACACUGAGAACCUUGUCUUUUUCUGAACAACAAUCUUCAAAUAUCUUCACCAGUGUGUCCCAUCAGUUGCGUUCAAAUCUUUCACACAAAGGAAGCCGUGCAUGUGAUCUACUGAGUAACAAAAACCUCAAAGACUGUGGACUGGAGCCUUUUACAUACAAACCUAAAGGAAGGAAUGACACCAUCAAAGACCAGGGAAAAGGAGCGUGGUGCUGGACAGAUCAUGUAAAGGCAAGACAAGAAAUUGCUGACAGCAUCAUAUCUGCUUGCAAUGACUGUAUUAGUGAUCAAAUCAAAAGAAAAAACAAUUAUCAUGAUACUUACAUCCAGGAGAUUCUUCACAUCGUUGGUGAGAAGCUGAACAAAGCUGAUGUUGACAUAGACAUUGAGUUUGAAGUGCCUCUGAAACAACACAUCUGUGGAUUUGCAGCCAGAAAGUUUCAGAAAAUUCAUGAAGAAUUUAUACAAAAAAAUGAUCCUUAUAAAUCUCUGCAGAAACACAAGGAAAGGUUUUGCACAGAUUUCAAACAUGAGUUUCAAGAAAGAGAUCAAUGCCUGAAGAAAGCUGAAGAAUUCACAAACCAAAUUCUGAAACCUGCUGUGGAAAACUUCAUCUAUCGUUCUCUUGGUCUUGAUAUUGUUGAUGAAAUAAAGACAAAAGAGGAGUUCAGCACACGAAUGUCCUUCCAGUAUUCAAUUUUAUUGGAUCUGAUUUCAAAAAGUGACUUUGAAAGCUUUAAGAGUUACAUUCGCUCAUAUGAAGAUUAUGUAAAUUGGUGGAUAUCUGAGAGAAUUAGGGAGAGUUUCUCCUCUCAGUCUACAAUAUGUGAAUUGGAGGACAAACAUCUUAAGUUCUGCAUGGGCCACAUAGAUACUGCCUUUAAAAAGGCAACAGCAGAAAAGUCUGACAGCCUGAAGACAUUUGUUGUCAAGAUCUGCACAAAACUUGGUGAUAAACUGGUAAUUUCCCAGGAUGCUCUUGAUGCCUUCAUGGUUCUGAACAAUGCUGACCAGGAACAGUUUGCUCACUGGCUCAAAGAAUGUGUGCAGGAAAUGACAGAAGCUCUUAGAGAAAAGUUUAAAAACACACAGUUUGAAACAAAACUCCCGCAGCUUCACAUAAAACCAGAGAAUGAGCUUUUCAACAGAGUGAUUGGUUGUGGCAAAAGGUGUCCAUUCUGCAAAGUUCCCUGUGAUGCAGGUGGAGAAAACCACACUCAACACUUUGCUUCCAUGCAUCGACCAGAGGGUUUAGGUUGGGCCAUGUGGGAUGAGUCACAAAAGCUCACGACUGACAUCUGCUCCUCUCUUGUUAUGAGUGACGAAUAUUUUCACUGCAGGGCCACAAAGGGUGAAUGGCAUCCUUACAAAGAAUAUAGGGAGAUUUACCCAGACUGGAAUAUUCCUCCAGAUGUGAGUCAUCAAGCAUCAAAUUAUUGGAAAUAUGUGAUGGCCACAUUCAAUGAGGAAUUUGCUGAAGCAUAUGAUGCAGAGCCUGCUGACAUUCCUGAUGCUUGGAAGAGAAUCACAAAAGAACAGGCAGAGGAAAGCCUCAAGAAAUCAUUCAACAUCAAGUGAAACCAUAAUUCAUGUUUAGAUGUAAGAACAAAACUGGU